CAUCCAUAUCCAUGGAUAUGUUAGAGGAUAAUACUUAGCCUUCUUUUGUAAGGGAAUUCCGGAUUACUUAGCUCAGUCGACUUUCUUCUGCAAUGUCUACAAAAUAUAUUAAACCAUACAAUAUAUAUAAAGCCAUGCAAUACAACAACAGAACAUCUAAAGCCGCCAAGCAAGAACGACAGCCAUCUUAAUUGCAUGCAUAUUUGGAUGUUGUUCAAUUAGGGUUAGAUUAAACAUGGCCGAUAUGCAAAUUGUUCUGGCUAAGGCUUGCAAAAAUGUAGAGGCGCAGUAUGUGGAGAUGAUGGUUCCUCUAUAUUCUCAUGGAUGUGAGAAGAAAGUCAAGAAGACCCUCUCCCAUCUCAAAGGGAUAUACUCGGUGAAGGUGGAUUACGACCAACAAAAGGUGACAGUGUGGGGAAUAUGCAACAAAUACGAUGUGCUUGCAACCGUGAGGAGCAAGAGAAAGGACGCCUGUUUUUGGAACCCCCAAGACAACGACAUUGCCUUAGAAUUAGAAUCGCAGUCUCCCUCAGACUCAAGCUCUCCUCCAAUUUCAUCAGCUUCAAGAUACGCAAACUCUUCUUUAGCUCUGAUCAGGGUUCGCUCUCUAAGCUUAAAAUUGAAAGCAUGGAAGAAAGUCUUCACUAGAUCCUACUCGUUACCCUGAUCCCGAGAGAGGCUUUCUCGAGGGUUAUUCCUAAUAAACCCUACUACUUUUGAAUUUGUAUCUAAUUUUCUAAAAAAUUAACUUGAGGGGUACGUUAAUUAAAGAGAAUUGUCUGUUGUCAUCUAUUUCCUAUUAUAAUUAGUCAAAAGAAACUGGGUGCUGGUCUAAUAUUAUAUACCCAGCCAGUCUUUCUCUUUAAAUUCGUAUUAUUUGGUAAGAUUUGACAAGUUAGUUAUCUCUUUGGUUUGAUUUUCAGGGGUCAGCUUGAUAAUAGUCAAUCAUAUUCCAUCCA